GUCAGUGGUGAACUACCUUACCCAACGCACGUCUCCACACGCAGGCGCCCCACACACACACUAACCUCAACCACUACCACAAUUACCUGUACCUCAACCCCUACCACAACCUCUACACUUCCACCUCCGCCAUACACAAUCUCUCAACCACGUCCAUCGCUUCAACCUCCAACUUCAAACAGCCCCAGCCACCACUAACAACCACAACUUCAACUAGUGCCACAACCAGCACCACCACAACUGUGUCAACCCCACACUAACAAAACCACUCGACACACACACACACACACACACACACACACACGAGACUGUGUUUACCCACCAACUCACAAAUGUUUACAACCAUGGACACACUCGCGCACUCCGCGAGUUAGAAUGUGAUUCACCGUGAUACACGCUAUAAAGAAAAGAGAAAAGAAAGGACUAUAAUAAAAGAAACGGUGGAGGGAGAAAAAAAAGGGAGAAAGCGGAAGCCAAGAGGAGGUCGUGCGUAAGGGUGUCAUCACCAUGAUGCUACGAUUGCUUGGGUUCGCUGUGUUCACUGUGUGUGCUGGAGUCGGAGCAGUUACAAACAUCGCCCCUUCUAGCUACCGUCUGGUGUUGGGUGACGGCGGGUAUACUCGCCUUAUGAGCCCCUCGCCAUCCUUCUCUGACCUUACCCUCUCUGCCUGGGUCAACGUCACCACAUUUCCCGAUGGCGUUGCUCCAAUCCUUACUGUUGUGGCCCCAGAUGCUAGCCACCAAGUAGCAUUCUUUCUCAGACAUGAUGGUCUUGGGGUUUUGUGGGGAGGGCCACCAUCAGUGCCACGAUACCACCUAGAUCAAGUAGAUCGUCAUCCACGUACACAGUGGGCACUUGCACAACCAGAAAGUCCGCAGAGAGUGAGACGUGAUGCAGUAGAUUAUAGUACUGGACUUGGCGACAUUGUGGACAUCCUAGCAGAUUCCCGCAAGGGACGCUCGCAGGACACAUGGACACCAUACACAUUCGUUGAUGUUGACCAGAUGGGUGUCGCAGAUCUGGAGGCUUCACCUUCUGGACUGGGUGCUGGCCUUCAUCUGUUGCCAGUCCGUGGUGGACUCUCCCGUUCAGAGUCCUACAAUGACUGGACUAAUGUCCCAUAUGAACUAACAAUGCAGGAGAGUGAUCCAUUUGACCACCACCUGGCCGAACCUGAACCACGGAUUAUAACUGAACCAUCAGGGGAUGACGACUUUGUUUUCUUCAAUUGGAAUGUACCAGCAGCACCAAAGCACUCAAUACCUCAGUCACCUAAUGAAUGGUCUCCCAUCUGGCAACAAAAAAAGGAAACACAUGAGGACACCACCAAACCAAAGGCCACAGUGGAAAACAUCCCAGUGAAGGAUCUUGUUUCUGAAAAUUUUAAUCCAGGCAAUACAGGUAGCUGGACAUCUCAAGUGACAGAAGUUAAGCUCAGUCCAAACAGUUGGACUCCAAACUUUGUUAAAGAUCCAUCAUUAACUAUCACUCAAGAAUCACGACAGCCUCCUCCAACAGUAACCCUUGCAGGACCACAAGCUCCCAUAAGAAAGGUAACCACCAGGCCAUCUCAACCCACAACCCCUCAUCCAAAUUCCAAAAGAACACCAAACUUCUCAGUAGUUACUGCUCAACGUCAUGUGCCAACAAGAAAGCCAACUACAACAGAAUAUACAACUACAUUUACUAGAAGACCCUCAACAACUACAUCUACAACCACCAGUCAACCAUCAACAUCUGCAAUUGUAACCACCAGAAGACCUAUAACAACUACAGCUUCACUUCCCAUAACUAUCUUGCCUCUGAACAAUAAACGCUUCACUGCCAGUCGGUUCACUGCCCCACCUACUACAACUGUACCAAAAUCACGAACUCGCACAGCAUCAUUUACUCGGUCACCAUCGCGUCGUACAACAAGGAUGCCUCUUUGGAAGCUAAUCAAGGGACCAAAUGCUUCAAGACAUUCUCUGCCUACCUCCACAAGACCUAAAACCACAACUACUACCCCAACCACCACCACCACUACCACCACCACUACCACCACCACUACUCCCACCACUUUCCAUACCACUAGAGCUCCUCCACAUGUGCAUACAACACGUAUCCCAACCACAAGACAACCUCGUCCAGUACCAACAGUUUACUUCACUCAACAAGAGCAGGUAACAGAUAAGCCUCAAAUUACUGGACAAAAGUCAAAGGUUUCCAUUUGGUCUACUGCAGAAGAUGACAAAUCAAAUAAGGGACAGAACUACCGAGACAAGUGGUCAAGUAAACCUGUAGAAGCACAAAACGUAGGCAAUAAACACAGAUCAAUGAGCAUCACCCCCCACCACAUGGAUGAGUUUCACCGUGUCAUGCAAGGUGUUCCCCCUAUUAAAGAUGGUGACACUGCCAUAGUGUAUUCCAUUCCCAUCAGUGAUCCAGAAGCAUUUAAUGCUAUGUAUCAGUACUACCAGGCACAGGAAGCAGGAACAUUUUCAAAGUCAAAACAAGCUACUGAUGGCCAUAGUUCAAAUGUCAAUACCCAUGUCAGUUCAAAUGUCAAUACCCAUGAAGAGGAAACAAAUGAGAACUACUUAGGAGGAAACAAUUUACCAGCUCAAGACAACAGAUUUUCUAUUCAUUAUUCAAUUAAGCCUGAAGCCAGCUUUCAAGAGACUAUUGCUCCAGCAGUUCUUAAAGAAGAAGAAGCAGUAUUAGUGCCCACCGAAGACCCUUUGCCACCAACACCAUCCCGCAGUGAUAUACCCAUAGAAGAGGAUACCUCUGAAAUUUCCACUCGCAGAAAGAUCACAGCUAUAAAGAGUGAAAAAACACAAGCUCCCAGCUAUGUUAAGCCACAGGUUGCAUUGGAAACAGUCACUGAGAAACAAAAUCAAUACACAGAGAGUGCAGUGAUGAAAGAGAUCCCUCCAGUAGUGCACAGUCCAACCUCUUUCCAAGCAACCCAUGAUACAAUAUACUUGAACUUGCCAUUUAUAAAGGAAUCCAGCAGUGAUGAAAAAUCUAAGAAAAUUCCCAAUUUGUUACAGCCAGACACUAAUGCUGAGGCUACUAUACCCUUUAAUGUUAAAUCAGACCCCACUGCAGCCAUGCCAGAGUCACUGAGCCAGCAUGCUGUCCCAGCACCCAGCAAUGUUUUUCUUACUCCAGAACAUCUUCCAUUUUUAUUGCCAAGCAAUCUGUCAUUAAUUCAAAAGCCAGUUAUACCUAACAGUGUACAAAAACACAAUGAUACUCCCAAAGCAUCAGCAUCUAGUGAUCUGCCUUUACUACCCAAGAUAAAUAACAUUCCAACUGCACUACAACAGGGUGAAUCUACAAGGAACCCAAAACCCAAUGUCCAGGAUAGUUCAGAUUUCAGUUUAAUAGCAGAGCCUGAAGUAAAUAUUAAGGAUGUGCCUGAGCAACAUACACUUCCAUUUGACAUAUUUCAAAUUGACGAAGAUGACAUUCCCUAUUACCCUGCAAAGGGGGAUGAUGCAUAUGACUUCUCAUUAGAUGAGCUUUAUCAGCCAGCUGGAGUGCUUGUGUCUCAAGAGUCUGCCCACCCUGUGUCACACUAUCAAGAGUCCUCACAUUUGUUUCAUGAGCAACUGCCCCCACAAUACAUAUCUCCAAAGGACAUACCUCGUCCUAUUACUUACGGUGGUGCACUGCGUCAGUCAGCAAGCCACCACCAGGACCAAGAUAAGCUAGAAGAUAUUGUGUUCAAUGCUGCAUCACAGAAACUUACUGAUCAGGGACUAUUACCUCAUCCAGUGCAUUACAUCAACACCCAAGAAGCAGCAAAAGAAUGGGGGCAUGAACAGCAGACAGAACCACAAAUAGAGGACAGAAUCUUCACUGAAGAAUCAAACCAUAACCAAAAUACAGUACCCCAAGUUCCAGAAAAAAAUAAAGAGGGAAACAAAGCAAACUUUCACUUCAAGAUAUUGCCAUUUGACUUAACAGCAAACCAGUGGUACCACAUUGUCUUCACAUGGAGCAGCAAAGAUCAUGAAGCUGCAAUAUACAUCAAUGGAGAACUGUCUGGUACACUGAUUAAUGUGCUGCCAAAUGAAAUAACAUUUCCUGGAGGUGGUCUAACAAUCAUGGGUCAGACACUGCUUCCUGACUUGACAGAUUUUGAUCCUACAUCACAGUUUGUUGGGGAAAUUAGUGAAGUAAAUAUAUGGGGUGAAAAAUUAAGUGCAGAAAGCAUACACAAAGUGUACCACUGCACAAAAGUAGAGACAUCUCCAGUCCUCGACUGGCGUCAAAUCACUAUGAGAUUUUAUAAUGAUGUCAAAGUUAAACAAGAAGAUGCAAUAUGUGGAGUAUGAGACACGCUGCUUCUAUCAAGGAUACUGUGAAAAAUGAAAAACCAAACAGACAUUAAGAAUUUUCUCUGUAACAGAAACUCAGUGGUAAAUCAGGAAAUUAUGUGUAAACAGUGUCUGGUAGUAAAUAAUCUGGCUCCUGUUGCACACAAGUGAAGUUCUUAUUUCUUGUUCCAAGAAGCUAAAAUGGAAAAGGCUUGAACAGGAAUAUUGUGAUGUCUUCACAUGUUACCUUUUGGCACAUACUGAAAUUUGAGCAAAAGACAGUAUUACUCUUAAGAAAUUUCAACGUGCAGGUCGCGUUGAUUAUUGUACUAGGCAUAUUGAAUGUAGUGACAGUAGUGACUGCAACCAACCACAGGUAUUCUAAAGCAUGUAUCUGGAAAAUUACAAACUUUCAGUGAUGUUGAACUCUAUAAGCCUGUGAGUUGUUAAUGUGCUAAUCAACUGUUCAUUUGUUGCCUUGUUAGUGAAUAUUUAUAGAUGCUGUCUUCACUCUGCUGUUCUUUGUUACUACAUGUGUAAUGUUACAGCACACUGUUUUCCCACAUUACUGUUAUCAGUAACUUUGCUAUUUGCAUCCUCUUAAGAAAAACAAAAAAGCACAAUUUUAUGAAAAAACAUUUGAUUCUGAUGGUGAUAUAAAAAUCAUAUACCUUGAAGGCAUUCAAGAGUUUUUCUAUUCUUGCAGCCUGGCCCUGUAGAUCAAAUUUGUUAUACAAUGCUUAUUUUGGCUUUUCACUUUUAAUUUAGAUUUUCCUGGCUUAAGAGGAUAAAAAACAGCAAUGAAUUAAGAUUUUUUUUUUAUGCUCACAUCAAGAUGACUCGUGCAUAUUCAACAGUAAGAUUUUUCAGGCCUAAUAGAAUAUUGAGUAGCUCAACUAAUGCAGAUAUAUAUUAAUCACACAGUAUAUAUGUGUUUUCACACACACACACACACACACACACACACACACACACACACACACACACACAUACAUACACAGGACAGACAGGACUACAGAGAGACCUGGACAGGCUGAACACGUGGUCCAGCAACUGGCUUCUCGAAUUCGACCCCGCCAAAUGUAAAGUCAUGAAGAUUGGGAAAGGCAAAGAAGACCAUAGACAGAGUAUAGGCUAGGUGGCCAAAGACUGCAAACCUCACUCAAGGAGAAAGAUCUUGGGGUGAGCAUAACACCGAGCACAUCUCCAGAAGCACACAUCAAUCAGAUAACUGCUGCAGCAUAUGGGUGCCUGGCAAACCUGAGAAAAGUGUUCCGAUACCUUAGUAAGGAAUCGUUCAAGACACUGUACACUGUGUACGUCACGCCCAUACUGGAGUAUGCAGCACCAGUUUGGAACCCACACCUGGUCAAGCACAUUAAGAAAUUAGAGAAAGUGCAAAGGUUUGCAACAAAGUUAGUCCCGGAGCUCAGGGAAAUGUCCUACAAAGAAAGGUUGAGGGAAAUCGGCCUGACGACACUGGAAGACACGAGGGUCAGGGGAGACAUGAUAACAUACAAAAUACUGUGUGGAAUAGAUAAGGUGGACAGAGACAGGAUGUUCCAGAGAGGGGUCACAAUUGGAAGCUGAAGACUCAGACAAGUCACAGGGAUGUUAGGAAGUAUUUCUUCAGUCAUAGAGUUGUCAGGAAGUGGAAUAGUCUAGCAAGUGAUGUAGUGGAGGCAGGAGUCAUACAUAGCUUUAAAACGGGGUAUGACAAAGCUCAGGGAGCAGAGAGAGAGGACUUAGUAGUGAUCAGUGAAGGGGCAGGGCCAGGAGUUGAGUCUCAACCCCUGCAACCACAAUUAGGUGAAUACAUAUACACACACGCACACACAAUUGGAAGUUGAAGACUCAGAUGAGUCAAAGGGAUGUCAGGAAGUAUUUCUUCAGUCACAGAGUUGUCAGGCAGCAGAAUAGCCUAGAAAGUGACGUAGUGGAGGCGGGAACCAUACAUAGUUUUAAAAUAAAGUUUGAUAAAGCUCAUAGAGCAGGGAGAGGGAGGAUCCAGUAGCAAUCAGUGAAGAGGUAGGGCCAGGAGCUAUGACUCGACCCCUGCAACCACAAAUAGGUGAGCACAAAUAGGUGAGUGCACACACACACACACACCUGGCGGGGCCAGGAGCUUGGACUCGGCCCCUGCAACCUCAACUAGGUGAGUACAACUAGGUGAGUACGUACACGUACACACACACACACACACACACACACACACACACACACACACACACACACACACACACACACACACACACACAUACACACACAUGCACAUACACACACAUACACACACAUACACCCACAUACACACACACACACACACACACAUACAUACAUUUGUUUGUUUUUUGCAAAAGAAAGCAGCAGAUGUUUGUGUAAUUUACCUUAUUUUCCAGUACACUAAAAAUAUAAGUGCAGUACAAGUAAAAUUAUAUAUUAAUUAGCCAGUUUUUCUCACUAAGCAAAAUGUCAAGCCUUACCAGCAUCUCAACUUCCAUGACCGAUGUGACCAAUAUAUUACCUGUAAAGUACAGUGCUAUUCUGGUACUGUAUGGCAACAACUAUCAUUUACAAAGUUCACUACCAAAUGCUGCUUACAUUAACCACAAAUAAUUCCAUGAAGAUUAGGAGUAAGAGUUAUUCAAAAAGAAAAAAAAAAAAUUUUUUUUUUUUUACACAGUAUUUCACAAAGUUAGGUUAAGGCUCCUAACUUUAUUUACAGGCUAAGAGCUGUUACCUACAUUAGCUCAUUUGAAAGCCUUUUUAUUGUUAUGAGACAUACAAAUAAAAAGGCUCUGAAAAAGAGCUGAUAUGUAUCAUGUUUUAAAAUACGUAUUCUGGAUUCGUCUAUGACAAAUACGUGAGGUCCCACAUGCAAGCAGUUACUAGGGCAUUACUAUGCAGUGUGUGCACAGACCUUUCUUACAUAUUAAAUCCUUGUAAUAUGCUAAUAUUCCCUACAUAAUUUUCUUUUUUAACACGUCAGUCAUUUCCCACCGAGACAGGGUGACCCAAAAAGAAAGAAAAACCCAAAAAGAAAGAAAAAACUGUCCGCAUCAUCAUUCAACACUUUCACCAUCACUCAUACAUAAUCGCUGUAUUUGCAGAGGCACUCAGAUAUGACAGCUUAGACGUCCCUCCAAACUGCUAAUAUCCCAGACCCCUCCUUUAAAGUGAAGGCACUGUACUUCCCAUUUCCAGGACUCCAAGUCCGGCUAACCGAACAUAACAGUUAUCCUACUAAAUUUAUCUCCCAAUUCCCAGCCCCAGGGAACAGAAGAUAAUCAGACUUCAUUCAAUGAAGGGAAAAGUAGCACCCAAUUCCUUGGAUCAAGAGCCCUUGAUAAGUAUUAAGGUUCCCCUAUUGAAGGGAGCAUGUCAAAAUAUAUCUCAAAAGUGAUCAAGACUGAUAUAAUCCCACAAAAAAAAAUUUGGACAUUAAGAGGAUGGAGCAGAAUAGGAUGACCAUAAGGGUGUGUAAAUCUGGGGUGGAAGGAAUUAGAGAGUAGGGGUCAUGCCAGGAAAGAUUGGAGAAGGGUAAAUUUAGCAAUACAGGUUACCUGGACUUGAGUGCUGGAGGUGGAAAAAAACAGUGGCAAUGCUCUGAAAGAGGAAUAUGGCUCUUCCAAUUUGGAGAAUCCUUUGAAUUAUGAUGUUUGUGAAUAUCUGGAAAGACAUUUGCUGAAUGAAUGAGGGUGAAUGAGUUUCCUAUUUUUUUGGGGGUCACCCUACAAUGGUGGUGCCAAGAUGGCCAUGGGGAAUGGGAGGUUAAAAAAAAUACAUACAUACAAUAACACAAAUAAUGGAAAGGCUAGG